AUGAAGUUUUGGCACCGGAUAAGUAUCACUCAGUUGGACAAGUUCAAGUCUAACAAAAUUGUGAAUCCCGAAGUUGACUUUGCGAAAGUUCCAAAAUACCCCAAGGAUGACGGUGUCAAGGUCCUAGAUGCGAAUCCAGAGUUCGAUGAAGCUCUAAGAAAGCUGGAGAUCGUCAAAAAAGCUCACGUGGCUGGCGAACAGUUCCAAGCACCCAAGGAUACGAAAGUCGUCUCAGACUUUCGUCGAAAGAAUCCUACUGAAGAUAUGAAAGUACUGGCGAAGAAGUGUGGGGUUUUGCCGAAGGAACCAGAAAAUGGCAAGAAAUUGAAAGAGAAUGCCAAACAGCCCUGGAAAGGGUACGAAAAAAAGCCUGAAGAGCAAAAUCGGAAAAAGGCCGGCGAGGAUACGCCUCUCAGCAAAACCAAUACCACCACACCAAAAGCUGAGCAGAAGAGAAACGAGUCUAAGAAAGUCGCACCAAAAAUGGAAGACAAGAAGAACGAGGCGCCUGAGAUUGAGCCAUUGCCGCAACUGUUGCCGCUGGGUCGAGUCGACAGAAAAAACUGCAAGCCGCUGGUGAUUGCUCCGAACUCCCCGGUCUACUUCCCCGAAUUUGAUAUGCCGUCGAAAGUUUUUGAGUGA